AUGGUCGACUUGAUGGCUUUGAAAAAGCCAGACGCAAAAAAGUUUUCGAAAAAGAACGCUAUCAGACCAUUCGAAGAUGCCAGCGGGUUGGAGUUCUUUUCUGAGAAAAACGAUACAUCGCUUAUGGUGUUCUCGUCUCACAACAAGAAAAGACCUAAUACCUUGACUUUUGCUCGUUUCUUCAACCACAAAGUUUACGACAUGAUCGAGUUGACCAUCCAAGAGAACCCUAAGUUGUUUAGUGAUUUUAAGAAGUUGACCUUUCCUGUGGGCUUGAAGCCUAUGUUCACAUUCAACGGCCCAGCGUUCGACAGUCAUCCUGUUUUCCAGCAAAUCAAGUCUUUAUUCAUGGAUUUCUACCGUGGAGACGAGACAGACUUGCAAGAUGUUGCAGGUUUGCAAUAUAUCAUUUCUUUAUCUGUGGGCGAAAUUGAGGACCCUAACUCCUCAGUAUUGCCUCUUUUGCAUUUCAGAGUGUACAAGUUAAAAUCGUACAAGAGUGGCCAAAAGAUCCCCAGAGUCGAAGUGGACGAGAUCGGUCCACGUUUUGACUUCAAGAUUGGCAGAAGAGUGACUCCUGCGCCAGAAGUGGAGAAGGAUGCAUUGUCUAAACCUAAGCAAUUACAAGCUAAGGUCAAGAAGAAUGUCACUACUGAUUUCAUGGGUGACAAGGUUGCUAAGAUUCACAUGGGCACCCAAGACUUGAGUAAGAUGCAAACGAGGAAGAUGAAGGGUUUGAAAGCAAAGUAUGACCAAGUUGACGACGCAGAGUUUGAUGAAGAAGACUAUGUUGCUGAUGAUGAGCCAGCAGCCAAGAAGCAAAAAGUUUAG